UGAUUAAUUUACCGUCAUGAAGAUCUUUGUGAUAUUUAUAACGUUAUUAUCAACAUCGUUUGGAACAUAUCCUGGAUAUGUAUCUACUCCAGUGCAAGUGCAUCCUGCCAAUAUUGAAUCGCAUGCUUUUGCUGCCGAAGUACGGCACAAUGUUCCUGUAGCAGCACCACCUGUUUUAAUUCACGCACCGAAAUCUAUUCAUACCGUUGAAGAUGUAAUUUCACCAGCAGUUGUAAACCCCGCAACCUUUGCUGUUGAUGCACCGAAAUCUUUUCAUACCGUUGUUGCUCCUAACGCACCUGUCUCAGUUCCAGUUGCAGCAGCACCAGUUAAUCCUCAUAUUGUUAAAUCGUUUUCUCAUGCUACUCAAAUACAACACAAUGCUCCAAUUCCUGUCGAGGUUGCACCAAAAUCUAUACAUGCUGUAAAUACACACGCUGCUAUACCUGCUGCCGUUCCUUUUAUUGAUACUGCUGUUCCAAAAUCGAUUCACGCACCAAUUUCACCCGUUGAAACACCCGUAGUAAAAUCCUUUUCUUAUGCUACUGAAAUUCAGCACGAUGCUCCAGUUGUUGCAGUGAGACCUGUAAGUAUUUCAGCAGCACCAAAGUCUAUUCAUGCCGUUAGACAUUUUUCUACUGCACCAGCUGUGGCACCAGUUGUAGACAUUCGCGUUCCAACAUCAAUCCAUGCACCUGUUGAGGUUCCUACAAUAAAAUCAUUUUCUUAUGCUACUGAAAUUCAACACGAUGCUCCAGUUUCUGUACCUGUAGCUGUGGGAGCUGCACCAAAAUCUAUUCAUGCUGUCACACCAAUUGCUACUGCACCUGCUGCAGCACCUAUCGUAAAUAUUCGGGUACCAACAUCAAUUCAUGCACCUUAUGGACUUUCGGAUUUGAAUGCAUUUAGUUAUGGUAGUCAAAUCCAUCAUACUGAUCCAGUUUCUGUACCAGUAGCACCAAAAUCUAUACAUGCUAUUCAAUCUUUAGCUGCAGCUCCCGCUGUAGCCCCUGUAGUCCCAACAAUUCAUGCAGCUGCUGAAAUUCCCGCAGUGAAAUCAUUUUCUUAUGCUGGGGAAAUUCAGCAUAAUGCCCCAGCAUCUGUACCUGUAUCAGUUGGAGCUGCACCAAAAUCUAUCCAUGCAUUUUCUGAUCCAUCAAUAGCACCCGUUGUUGACAUUACUGCACCAGCUCCGUUAUUAAAAUCAUUUUCUUACGGGACUGGAGUACAGCACAAUGCAGCAGUUAAUAUACAAGCGCCCAUAGCUCCAAUAGCUGCAGCACCAAAAUCUAUUCAUCAUACAGCAUUAUCUCCAGCUCCUAUACAUCCAGUUAGAGCAAUUCAUGCAACGAAUAUUAAUACACAUCCACUUUCUUCCGUUGUAGCACCUGCUGUACCACUAUCAGCAGCAAAAUCAUAUACUACAGAAAUCAGAAGAAGAAUUCCCUUAUCUACUGGCAUAAAUUAUUCACCAGCACCUAUAGUUGUGACAUCACCCGUGGGACUUCACUCGCCUGUGGCAAAUAAUUUAGCUUACGGUCAUGUACUGCCAGUGACUACAAAUGGAGUCAAUAUUCAUUUAAAUAGAGAUAUGUAUGCUAGAAUCGCUGCUCCUGGAGCUUAUCUGUGGAACGGACAGGCUCUACAAAAUGGCGUCGGUUACGUAUCAGGUAUAGCAGGCCCUCUUGCUUACAGACCUGUUCCAGUAUAUUAUAGAAAUUUUGUUAAACCUACAAAUGCCAUUUAUCAUUAUUUAAGAGGUAAAUAAGAUAUUUUCUAACAGUAUCAAUCAUUAAUUACCGAAUGGUAACUGUAUUUCUGAGACAUAAAAAAUAAAUAAAUAAAUACGAAGAGAACGUUAAUAAUUUUGUUCGGGUAUUUAUUUUUA